GAGAGCGAGGGGCGAGCGCUGGGGAGCCGCAUGGAGGUCUCCGCCGACAGGCUGGCCGCUGCAGCGGCCCGGGGUCGCGCCGAGGAGGUUCGGGCGCUGCUCCAGGGCGGAGCAUCGCCCAAUGCCCCCAACAGUCAAGGUCGGACCCCGAUUCAGGUCAUGAUGAUGGGCUGCACCCGCGUGGCCGAGCUGCUGCUGACCCACGGCGCGGACCCCAACCGCCCGGACCCCGCCACCCUCACGCGGCCCGUGCACGACGCCGCCCGGGAGGGCUUCCUGGACACGCUGGUGGCGCUGCACCGAGCCGGGGCGCGGCUGGACGUGCGCGAUGCCUGGGGCCGCCUGCCCGCGGACCUGGCUGAGGAGCGCGGCCACCGGGACGUGGUCGGGUACCUGCGUGCGGCCGCAGCAGAUGCCGGCGAAGGUCCAGCAGACACCCCGGCUUAAAGAACCACCGGAAGCCAGAGGCACAGAGGAUGCCUGGACCACUGCCCCGUCCCCUACCAGUUCUUCCCCGCUUUGCGAGCUGCAGUUUAGCAAACGGCGCCUUUUAACACUGUAAGCCGCUUCCUCGCUAGCAGAUCUUUUCCCUUCCCCUUAACUCCCCUUUGUAUCUGAAUUCAUACAUUGAUAAUAAAAAAAGGGUUUUUA